AUGUCGGACCUCUUUACUGGCCUGUCAGACCAGGAGAACUAUGACCAGGGCUACAUCAUCCGGCUGCAGGAAAAGCGGGAAAGGAAGCUCCUUCGAGCCAUCCGUAAGAACGACAUCGCCAAGGUCAACGCACUCCUCACAGAUGGUGUUUCACCUGAUGGCAGCUCUGAGAGAGCCCCAUUGCAAACCGCCGUCUGGCUAGGCAGACGCGAAAUCAUACAACUACUCAUCCAAUAUAACGUCCAAUCUCCGAGCAAACCCGGCCCCGAUUCGGACGACGACGAGUUGCUCACAGCAGCCGGUCGGGGCCGUGUGGAAAUCCUAAAUAUGCUUAUAGAGUACCGCAAGAAGCUUGGCUACAAGGGCACUGCCUGGCCAAGCCGUCGAGGUGACGAGCCCAUUCACCGCGCUGCCACUUGGGGUCGCUUGGAAUGUCUUCAGUUGUUGGUGCAGGAAGGUGCCACGAUUAACCUUGAGAAUUCCCAUUGGGAAACGCCAUUACACCGUGCUGCUAGUCUUCCGACUGGAGUACGUAAUGGACUACCGGUGCUGCGGUUUUUACUUGCAUCAGGCGCAAAUGUCAACGCCUUAACCAAUACGGGUGACACGCCUAUUUUGACGGCUGCUCGUGCCGGUAAUGAAGCCGCUGUUAAAGAAUUGCUCAAGUCAUCGCCUGAUCUACACCAAAAGGGUCAAUUUGGAGAGACGGUUUUACUUGUUGCUAUCUCUUCUUGUCCCAUGAAAACGGUGCGGAUGCUCGUCGCAGCGGGUGCUGACAUCCACUGUCGGACUAAGUGGAAUGCUUCUGUUUUACAUCAGGCGGCCGAAGCUGGGAGAAUCAAGACUUUCAAAUGGACCCUCGAUAAUAGCAAUCUCACCAUUGACGAUCUCGACUGUCAUAAUUGGACUCCACUACACUUUGCUGCGUGA